AUGUCACUUUCCUUCCCUGCAGCCGAGCCUCAGGCUUUUUGCCAGGACAAGCUCUGCGGUGAUCAUGAAUUCUGUGGCAACAAGCAUAGUGGGAAGCCUGGCUGCCUCUGCAGAGCCCUUUUUGCCUCCAAGUACAAAGUGUCUGGCACUCUGGGUGAGCCAGCGGUCUGCAAGCAGAACUCUGGUUCCAUCACUCUUGUUGGCUGCCUGCUAGAGGAAAAAGGCAUCGACUACUCAGUGUUGCACCUCAACGACCAGAGCUGCAGGGGCGUGAUGGACGAGGAGAGCCACACAGUCACCUUUAGCUUUGACAGCAGCAAUACCUGUGGGACGGAGAUCACGAGAAAUGGCAGCCAGGUAAACUACGAGAACACCAUCAUGACCCAGAACAGCUCUGAUGUCAUCACUCGCCAUGAUCAGGUGUACAUCGACUUCUCCUGCCACCAUACUCAACCUGAGAUAAAGGUGGUGGAGCUCAGAAUUAAAGACAACUCUGUGGUCCAGCACAUCAAAUCUGGAGAAUGGAGCUACUCUGUGUCUAUGAAAGCAUAUGUGAACGCUGGCUACACAAAACCUAUCGAUUCUGCUGUGCUGCUAAACCAGAAAAUCUGGGUGGAGCUGAAGACCGACGGACUGGAUGCUAACACGGUUGCCGUGGUGAUGGACUCAUGCUGGGCAACCAGCCAGGAAUCAGACAGCAGCAAACCAAGAUAUGACUUGAUUAACGAUGGCUGUGCUAACCCAAAUGACGGGACAGUGGAGGUGGAAGCAAACGGAGAAGGAACCUCCUGCUACUUCUCUUACAACAUGUUUGAGUUCUCUGGGAGCGCUGGUGAAGUCUACCUUCACUGCAAACUGCAGCUGUGCCCCAAACAGCAGAACAACUGUAUUCCGGAUUGCUCCGGUGGAUUUAGGAGAAGACGAAGGUCUGCGACUCUCAGAGAUGGAGACCCAGGCUUCAUCAGCCUGGCCUGGAUUCAUUAGGAGGCUUCCAUGUGAAACUGGACUGAGUGGCCGGCUGCCGACCUUUAUGCUGAUUCCUGACAUCAGUCCUGAUCUAGCAGAUGGGAUGUUUAGAAGUAUUGGGUGUUUCUUGCUUUUAGGAUGGCGCUUCUACUGCUUUUUAGUAAAUAUAAUCUGGGGAAAUAAAGAAUUAAAUAAUCCUGAAAUAAGCUUUCUGUGGUUUGGAUUAAAUUGGAUGUAGA